AUGCAUUUCAAACUGCUUUUCUGCUCCUCUUUUACAGAAGAUUCCCGGACUCUAGUGCAUGAUAUCUUUCAAUUUGUGGAGAGUAUCUAUCUGCAGACAAUUCAACACUUGAACAAGCUUCAAGCUGCUUUGAAAGAACAGGGACACCAUGCUAUCAUGAUUAGAAUGACAGAAGCAAAGGAGAUUCCAGACUUGUUCUAUAAAUGGAAUGAUGUGAAAAACCAGUUCCCAGUUCUCUGUGCACAACCAGAAGUGGCGGGUAUUAUGUGGGACACUCUGUGA